AUGAAAAUGGGUAACUACUCCAUCUUCGUGGGCACCGUUGGGCAGGGGCUCAACAUCAGCUCCGACAGCGGCGACACCUGGACCAAGAUCCGCAACCCAAUGCCCAGCGAGUCCAACAUCCGCGCCCUCCGAACGUACCCCGACAACCCCCACCGCGUCCUCGCCGGCUCCGAUGGCCUCGGCCUCUUCCGAACCGAGGACAACGGACUCACCUGGGACUCCGUCGACAGCCCCUUCUCCGACCUUCAGGUCUGGUCCGUGGCCGUCGAUCCCGGCAACCCCGACACCAUCUUCGCCGGCACCCGCCCCGAGGGCUUCCGCUCCCGCGACGGCGGCAAGUCCUGGGACAAGCUCGAUAUGGGCGUCAACAUGGACUGCCCCAUCGGCACGCCGCGCACCACCAACAUCAUCGUCGACCCCCGCGACAGCCGCACCGUCUGGGCCGGCAUCGAGGUCGACGGCAUGUACAAGAGCCUCGACGGCGGCGACUCCUGGCUCCACCUGCCCGACCUCGGCCCCGACCCCUUCCACGGCGACAUCCACGGCAUGGCCUUGCGCACCGGCGACAACCCCGCCUUCUACUGCACCAGCCCCUUCGGCAUCGCCACCAGCAACGACGAGGGCGAGAGCUGGGACUACCACUACUUCCCCAAGUUCAGUGAGGCCGACGCCCGCUCCUACUGCCGCGGCAUGGUCAUCAAGGCCGACGACCCCAGCACCAUGUUCGUCGGCAACGGCGACUUCAUUCCCGGCGUAACCGGCGCGGUCCAGGUGACCCGCGACGGCGGCCAGAGCUGGGAGAAGGCCGACCUCCCCGUAGAGCCCAACUCCGUCGUCUACUGGCUCGCCAACAACCCAGAGAUGCCCAACGUCAUCGCCGCAGCCAGCCUCUUCGGCUACGUCUACGUCAGCGAAGACGGCGGCAACUCCUGGAGCAAGCUCCAGAAGGAAUUCGGCGAAAUCCGAGCCCUGGCCGUAACCCCCAACUAA